AUGGAGGUCCGACCUGACAGGUUCAAGGCGGUCGCGGCCAAAACUCUGGGAAGAAUUAACAGGUUGAUUGACAAGCAGCAGCCCAAUGGAGAAACCAUCGAGCUGUCGGCGGAGGGCCGUCCUGAGCUGGUGCAGGAGAAAGAACUGCCCGUGGUGGACUGCACUUGUUUUGGCUUGCCCAGGCGUUACAUCAUCGCCAUCCUGUCUGGCCUGGGCUUCUGCAUCUCCUUUGGCAUCCGCUGCAAUUUGGGCGUCGCCAUUGUAAGCAUGGUCAACGACCACACUGUCUACAAAGGCAACAAGGAAGUGCUUGUGGCUGCACAAUUCACUUGGGACCCUGAAACAGUGGGCAUGAUCCACGGUUCCUUCUUCUGGGGUUACAUCGUCACACAAAUCCCUGGGGGUUUUAUAUGUCAAAAAUUUGCAGCCAACAGAGUGUUUGGCUUUGCUAUCGUGGCGACGUCCACCCUUAACAUGCUGAUCCCCUCAGCCGCUCGCUGCCAUUACAGCUGUGUAAUACUGGUCAGAAUAUGUCAAGGCCUUGUUGAGGGUGUGUCGUACCCAGCCUGCCAUGGGAUUUGGGCAAAGUGGGCUCCUCCACUAGAGAGAAGUCGAUUAGCCACCACAGCGUUUUGUGGGUCUUAUGCAGGGGCUGUGGUGGCCAUGCCUUUAGCUGGGAUUCUGGUGCAAUACACUGGGUGGCCUUCUGUAUUCUACGUCUAUGGCAGCUUUGGGAUAUUCUGGUACUUGUUCUGGAUCCUAGUGUCCUACGAGAGUCCGGCUGCCCAUCCCACUAUAACACCAGAGGAGAGAAAGUACAUUGAAGAUGCAAUCGGAGAGACAGCGACAUUUCUCAACCCUCUCCAGAAAUUUAAGACGCCGUGGAGGCAGUUCUUUACCUCAAUGCCUGUCUACGCCAUCAUUGUGGCCAACUUCUGCAGGAGCUGGACCUUCUACCUGCUGCUCAUCAGCCAGCCGGCCUACUUCGAAGAAGUGUUUGGCUUUGAGAUCAGUAAGGUGGGAAUGGUGUCAGCGCUGCCACAUCUAGUGAUGACCAUCAUUGUUCCUGUGGGAGGCCAGUUGGCGGAUUAUCUUCGGACCCACAACCUGAUGACCACCACCAACGUCAGAAAACUCAUGAACUGUGGAGGUUUUGGCAUGGAGGCCACCCUCCUUUUAGUGGUGGGAUAUUCGCACACAAAAGGGGUUGCCAUCUCUUUCCUGGUGCUUGCUGUUGGCUUUAGCGGUUUCGCUAUCUCAGGAUUUAACGUCAAUCACUUGGAUAUUGCGCCUCGCUACGCCAGCAUAUUGAUGGGCAUUUCAAAUGGUGUGGGAACAUUGUCUGGAAUGGUGUGUCCUCUUAUAGUGGGAGCCAUGACCAAACAUAAGACACGGGAGGAAUGGCAGUAUGUCUUUCUUAUAGCAUCCUUGGUUCAUUAUGGAGGAGUCGUUUUCUAUGGACUAUUUGCAUCGGGAGAAAAGCAGCCGUGGGCUGACAUUGAGGACACCAGCCAGGAAAAGUGCGGCAUCAUCGAUGAAGACGAGCUGGCCAAUGAGACCGAGGAUCUCUACCGCACUGGCGGCGGCCAGUACGGGGCCAUGAGCCAUCAGGUGGUCGGUUCAAACGGCGGAGGGUCUGCAGGAGGCGGAGCCGGUUGGGUGACGGACUGGGAUAAAUCUGAGGAGUACGUGCAACCGCCUGGACACAACUCAUACAAGUGCAGCGGAGUAGAGGAGAUGAAGCUGACGUAG